UGGUAUUUGCGCCGCGAGAGUUUUAGUCCAUCGAGAAGUUUUGUACCGUGUGGACGUGCUAUCUUGCAGCAUUUUAUUUUUCUGUGUUUAUCUCUGAGUUUUCUUUUUUGUACAUGCAAUAUUAUUCAUACUUUUGCAAUAUUCCCUCAACUUUGAUGGAUUAUCUGGUGUGAACAGUUGAAUUUAUUCUUGAGAGUUUUUCCCCCCAACAUAAGCAAGAGAAAAUAUUUCCUUGGAAGCUAACAUUAUACCUAUCUACAUAAAAUACUAUAUAGGAGAUUCAUAAAACGAAAGACGUGUGUUUAAAAAUACAGAAAGAGAGACACACACACCAUUGUACCAUACAGUGCCUUGAAAAACGAUGAUGUGAUCGUGCUCCGGAAAUAAAAUUGAUUUCACUUGAGAAUAUUUUCCAUGAAAUUCUGUGCUGGCGGUUUUUGCGCGAAAAGUGUGUGCUAGAAAUUGCAUCUUGCCCCCAUCCAGUACGGAGACAUUUUCAAAUACAGCUUCCAGCAGUGAGUUCUUUUGCCCUUUUGCGAUAAGCUACUCUCCACAAUACAAAAACACAGCAACACAGCAUCAUGAUUCAUGUUGGAGACAACACUUGGAAUUUGCGGGUUUUUAUAACCGAUCUCCAAGUUGAGAAAACUCUGAGAGUGCGAGGAGAUUUGCACAUUGGCGGCGUUAUGUUAAAAUUAGUCGACCCAGAAAAUCCAAAAGAUUGGUCUGAUCAUGCCCUGUGGUGGCCUGCCAAAAACACCUGGUUGACCCGAACACGAUCAACCCUCGAUCAAUGUGGCGUACAUGCUGAUAGUCUUCUGCAUUUCACACCAAUGCACAAAACCCUCAGAGUUCAGCUGCCAGAUUUACGCUACUUGGACUGUCGUGUAGACUACUCAACAAAAACCUUCAAUGCUGUGGUUAAUCUAUGCAAAGAUCUCGGCAUCAGAUAUCCCGAGGAGUUGUCCCUGCACAAACCCCUCGAAGCGGCCUACCUGAAGCGCAACUAUGCCAGUAUGCCAACAUCCCGGGUGCUCAUCGAUCAGAAUGGCUAUCUGCAGCCGGCGCCAGACACAAACACCUUCAUCCCAACACACUCGAGUGGCUUCAAUGGGAGCAAUGGGAGUCUCGAGACGAGUCACAAUGGGGGUCCCUUCAGCUGUGCCCCCGUCCAUCAUGCACCAUCGCCACAGCGACAGACCCACGUGACACCCAUCAGUUCACCAUCGGGUACGUGGAAUAGGAGCAAUGGGCACACGACGCUCCUGCACGAAUCCCUGUCUAGUCUGGGUGAGAUCACGGAGAAUUUGGCAUCGAGUCCCCGGGCCCCGAGUCCCGAGGCGCGAUCACGUCUCGUGCGGCCACGAUCGCUGAUUGAACGGGCCCGAAUGAAUGUUGGUUGGUUGGAUUCAUCCCUCUCGAUCAUGGAGCAGGGAAUCCGGGAGUUUGACACACUGUGCCUCCGAUUCAAAUACUACUCCUUCUUCGAUCUCAACCCCAAGUACGAUCAAGUGAGGAUCAAUCAGCUGUACGAGCAGGCAAAGUGGCAACUGUUGAAUGAAGAAAUGGACUGCACGGAAGAGGAAAUGCUAAUGUUUGCUGCGCUCCAGCUCCAAGUGGGCCUUCAGAGUGAAAUUCAACAACCCGAUUCGGGUAUUGAUACAUCGAGUUUAGACAAUGGUGCUGAUGAUGACAUCGAUGCUGCCCUGAGUGAACUCCAAAUCACCCUCGAAGGACCAAACAACAGAAAUAACAUUGGAGACAUUACAACAAUACCCGAGCUUACGGAUUAUUUGCGCUUCAUGAAACCCAAGAAAUUCGCACUGAAAUCCUACAAGCGGUAUUGGUUUGCGUAUCGUGAUCUCCACCUCUACCUCUACAAGAGUCGCGAGGAGGCGAAAGGUGGCAAUCCAGCUAUCAGAAUUAAUUUGCGUGGAUGCGAAGUUACGCCGGAAGUGAAUCUGUCACAGGGAAAGUUUAACAUUAAACUAGAAGUGCCACCGGAAUAUUCUUCAGGGCCAAAUAGUGAAAUGUGGAUCCGUUGUGAGCAUGAGGAUCAAUAUGCCAAAUGGAUGGCAGCAUGUCGAUUAGCAUCGAAAGGUCGCUCCCUGGCCGAUAGUUCGUAUGAGAAUGAAGUGGCCAGCAUAAAGUCCCUACUUAGCAUGCAGAAGCCCGUCAAUGCACCCAUAAUUAGUAUAAAUCCCGACAACAUCGACCCAGCAGACUACGUUGCCCCGCGCUUCCUCAAGAAACUCAAAGGGAAGGCCGUCAAUAGGAUCCUGGAGGCGCAUGCCAAUGUCAAGGAACUCCCGCUGAUUGAUAGCAAAUUGAAAUUCAUUCAGGCGUGGCAGAGCCUGCCGGGCUACGGCGUAACGCUCUUCGUGAUAAAGUUCGAUGGGCACAAGAAGGAGGAACUUCUGGGUGUGGCCAGCAAUAGGAUCAUGAAGAUGGAUCUCAAUACGGGAGAUCAUCUCAAAACAUGGCGCUACAACACGAUGAAGGCAUGGAAUGUCAACUGGGAGAUCAAGUGCAUGAUGGUACAGUUCCAGAAUGAGAAUGUCGUCUUCUCGUGCCUAUCGGCGGACUGCAAGGUGGUUCAUGAGUUCAUUGGGGGCUACAUUUUCAUGUCGAUGCGUUCAAAGGAAACCAACCAGACGCUCAACGAGGAAAUGUUCCACAAACUCACGGGAGGUUGGGUUUAAUGGGGGCUAAACGAAACGGGGUUGGGGCGAACAAAUUUGUUUAAAAAAGAAACCUGUGUAAAUAUACUUUUAACUGUUGACUUUACUUACAAACAAACAAUGAAGAUUUAUGUAAUUAAUAAUCCUAAAAAAAAAUGUCUCUAGUUGUUUAAGAAAACUAAAAAAAAAAAAGUAAUAAAUUGUGCCUCAAAUUGUUGCAAAAAUGUUGCACAAUAAUCGAAAAAAAAAUUGAAAUUUAACUUAGAAAAUGUUUUAAUUUUAAAUGUUGAUCCGGCAAUAACUGAAUAGAUGUUUCAAUGUAUUUUUCUUUUUUAAAAAAAAGUCUUUUUUCAUCUCAAUUUGCUCCGAAUUAAGCUUUUUUCUUCCUUCCUAAUAAAUCGCGCGCAAUAACAGCCAAAAUGAGAGAAACUUUCAGAGCAAAAAAAUAAUUUUCUGUGAGCAAUCAUGAAAUUUCUACGAUUUAUUGUACGAUUUAUGUGUAUAUAAAAUGUUUUAAAAUACGAUAAA